GGUCUAUCGCUUUUAGAUUCAUCAUUUUUAGACUAAAGAAGACAAUCAAAGAGAAAGCAUACACAUAAAAUAAAAAUGUUAUCGUUGCUUGAUAGGAAAUUUAAGUACAUCCGAGCCCUAUUGUAUGACUUUUUUAUCCUUAAUACAACCUCUCCAUGGUAUCGCGAGGUGCUACUCGAGUGCCCCACUGGCACCAGUAUGCUGGACGUAGGUAUAGGUACUGCGGCAAGUCUCAUUGACAAUCGCCAUAUUCUUAUCAGCAAGCAAAUGAAUGUCGUAGGUGUGGAUUACGACUUGGAUUACGUUAGUCGGGCUCAGGUAAACAUCGCGAGAAGCGACAACAUGCAGUAUUUGGUGCGCGUCGUGCAUGCUAGUGUUCAUGAUUUCAACAAGGACUUGAGUGAAAAAUUUGAUGUAAUCUAUUUUUCGGGAAGCUUUAUGGCAAUACGAAACCAAGCCGAAGCCCUACGGCACUGUACGCGUAUGCUGCGCAUCCCAAUCCCAAAAGAUCGAGAUACAUGCAACAUAUUUUUUACCCAAACUUUUGAGAGGCGAACGCUAGUAGGUAAUUAUAUAACCCCCUACAUCAAACGGUUUCUCAGUUUUAUGACCACAAUUGAUUUCGGGAUUGUAACCUACGAGGAUGAAUUUAGGGAGGUUUUAGAGCGUGCUGAUGUUGAGAUUGUCAGGAUCAAGGUUCUGAAAAGUACAUAUUUCCGAUCCCAGGUUAUAGUGAUGGCUCGUCCAAAGCUGCGUGGUGUUGACACAUAAGUGUCUCAUACUGUUUCUUUUUCAGUGCAGUAUUUUUUUUCAUGUGCUAUAUGGCAAUUACAUGAAUAAAGAUAUUUCGAAUACUUGAAUAAAUUGAACCUUGAAGCAUCAAAUAUAUAAAA